AUGCAGAGGGGCAAGCGACUUGUGGAAGAUGUCGAGAAGGAGGCAUUGAAUGCACGUAAGUCUGCUUUACCAAUCCACGACCCAUGGAUUUUGCCAGGUCGACCCCCAACCUCCAAAUCUCCGAUGGAAUCCUACGUUCUUGCAUCUGGAGAAGCACUUGCCCCUGUUCCCAGCCCUGCUUCCGAUUUCGUUGUUCUCAGGCAGCGCCUAGAAAGGGUGCGAUCAAAGGGCAAAAGCUCCCAGUUACCAAGACAGCAGCAAAUACUACAAGCACGCACCUCACCGGCUUCACCUCCUGAUACUGGGCACCAGGUCGAUUUGCCGUCUUCCCCACAGUCAGCGAGUGGUGGUGAGCCACAACAACCGCAAGGCCAUGCACAGCCACAGCAGAACCUGGAGCAAGCCCAGCAGCAGCAGCAGCAGCAGCAACCAAGUCGUCACAAGCACAGACUCGUCCUCAAUGAUAAGGACAUGGUCGAGGAGGAUUUGGCGCGGACAGCCUUAACUAAAUUCCUUCGCCGUGGCUUCAAGGCGCCCACGUGGUCAGUUUUCCAACCGUGUGAUCCUAUACGAGUCGCAUAUGUAGGCACACCAACGUCAAACUUGGCGUAUCUUGUCGGACAAGAAUCGCCACAUCGCGGCGAUGCGUCUUUACAUUUUUUAUUUCCCAGCAUUCGUCCUGCGCUGCCCUGGAAACCAAGCAAGGACAUGUCCCUCGUGAAAUGGUACUCUAGUAUGGCGGACGACGUCAGUCUUCUACCGGAGAAGGAAGUAUGUGAUCAGCUCGUAGAAGCUUUCUUCACCAAGAUACAUCCAGGCUUUCCGGUGCUUGACGAAGCAGAAUUUCGCUUGCAAUAUGCGGAUGAUAUGAAUCCGGUACCACUCCUCAUACUUCAGUCCGUCCUAUUAGCGGGUGCUCAGGUCUGUGACCACCCAGAGGUUGUCAAGUCGCGGUCUUUAAUCAAGGUCGCUUUAUUUCGCCGUGCCAAGGCCUUGUUUGAUCUUCGCUAUGAAAACAACCGUGAACAUCUGGUUCAAGCAGCCCUUUUAUUCACGUGGCAUUCCGAAGGCGCCGAUGACAUAGGGGUCAAUGCAUAUUAUUGGAUUGGUGUUGCAAUACGCAUUGCUUUUGGUCUUGGCCUGCACCGAAACCUUUCUCCCUCCACUCGGAGUGUUAUUCCUCUGCAAGACCGACGAAUACAACGGCGUUUGUGGUAUGUACUUUUUCAAUAUGAUGUGCUCGCCAGCCUGCAACAUGGGCGACCGUUAAUAAUCAAUGACGACGAUUGCGAUCAGCCGCCACUUGUCACCGAAGACUUUAUUGAGAUCGACGGCCAUAUCAACAAAAAUAUCCGCGCUGAUUACUGCAUGCAGAGUAUCAAGCUCUGCCAUAUAAUCGUCUCGAUUCUAAAGCUCUUCUCCCCCGGAUCACUCCGUCGUCACCAUAUGAACGAGGAACUGAUCGAUGCGAGUCGCACAGCCCUUGAUUCCCAGCUCGAAGCGUGGAUAAUAAGCCUCCCUCCUCAUCUCGCCAAUCCGUCUCGCCGACCUCAGGAUUUCUGGUGCACACAGAUUCAUCUCCACUACAACCUUGCCCUCCUCCAGCUCUACCGCACUACCCACCUUGCUAGUCGAUCCUUCUCCCCUCAAGUGUCCAUAAGUCUAAACCACUCCCCGAAGUCCGUCGAGAUCUGCCACAACUCCGCCACAUCUAUCUCCCAGCUGUUUAGCACAUUACUAAUGUCCCGCAAGAUCGAUCAGUGCUGUUUCACAGCUCUCAGUUUACUCCUUGCCUCUGCCAUCCAAAUCAGCCUUAAGGCAAGGUUCGCCUCCUCUAGCAGCCCACCUAUUCUAGCCCUUCAAGCACAAUCCCGCCUCGAGGAUCUCUUUCCGGUGAUGGAGGAGGUAGCAAAAUACUGGCCAUCUGUUGAAGCAAUACAUCGCCUUUUCCGCGGCGUUUUGGGUGAAAUGAAACUUGAAUUUGAAAGAAAUCACACAGCAGAGAGUUUGCAAAGCAUGCAAGGCUCGGGCCCGGUGAUUCAGCCCGUACAGACGACUAACUUUGGAGCAGCGCAUGGACCGUUUGCAGAGAUUGGUCUGUCUGAUGGAGAUUGGAAUGUUCUACUCGGGACAUGGGAUGCGCCAAUACUUUUCGACGAUGUUUAA